AUGAGUGCCAGGGCGCCUAAAGAGCUGAGGCUGGCGCUGCCGCCUUGUCUCCUCAACCGGACCUUUGCUUCCCACAAUGCCAGUGGAGGCAGCAACGCAGGUGUCCGAAGCUCGGGCGCAGGUGGUGGCACCUGCAUCACGCAGGUGGGACAGCAGCUCUUCCAGUCUUUCUCGUCCACGCUGGUGCUGAUUGUCCUGGUCACUCUCAUCUUCUGCCUCAUCGUGCUGUCCCUCUCCACUUUCCACAUCCACAAGCGUAGGAUGAAGAAGCGGAAGAUGCAGAGGGCUCAGGAGGAGUACGAGAGAGAUCAUUGCAGCGGCAGCCACGGUGGUGGUGGGCUGCCCCGGGCAGGUGUUCAAGCCCCAACCCAUGGAAAAGAAACCCGGCUGGAGAGACAGCCCCGGGACUCUGCCUUCAGCACCCCCUCCAAUGCCACCUCUUCAUCCCCUGGUCUCCUGUGCCAGGGUCCCUGUGCACCUCCGCCUCCACCGCCAGCCCCCAGUCCACAUGGAGCACAUGCAGCUUCCUCCUGCUUGGACACAGCUGGCGAGGGCCUUUUGCAAACGGUGGUACUGUCCUGAUUGUGUAGCCCUCUCCCGACCCCUUCCUCAUUUCCAGCAUCUUUGCCAUCCUUGCUUUUGUUCCUCCUUUCUUCCUUUUCCGUUCUCCUCUGGCCCCUCUUUCCUCUGCCCUCUUUCCUUACCUGCCCACCCUUUUACUGUUUCUCCUCCGCCGAGGCACUGUGCGGUAUUUGUAAAUAUUGGGCGAGGAAAGUCUCAGAGGAAGAAAUAACGCCGAUAAUACUUUAUUGAUAUUUAUAGUAAUUAUUAUACUAUUAAUAACACAGUCCAAGCGCAUGACAAAUCACAUAAUUUCUCAUUGUCAAUGAUGGCUGCAUCUUCCCUCUCCACCCCGUGCCCCCCUCUCAGUAAGGAGGAGAAACCGCACAAGCUACCAAAUAUAUAAAAGACAAUGACACAGGAGCAAAGGGAGGGGAGGGGGCCGGUGAUGUUGUAUAUAGCUGUCAAGUGAAGGUUUAGUAGCCUUUCUGCCCCUCCCCCACGGGCUUUCACUUUUCCUUUAGCUUCUCUCCCCUCCCCUUUCCUCACCUUCAGCCGGGCUCAGGCAUUAGUAAUUAUAAAUGAAACAUCUACAUUAAGCACCAGAGACCACAGAGAGUGUCCCAGAAAAACGUUUAGGACAGGUAACCCCUCUCUAGUCGGUCAUCUCUUCACUUUUUGGUUCCCCUGGGCAGAGUUUUCGAGUUUACUUUUAGAAAUAUCUCUCGCUGGCCGAGCUCAAAACAAAACAAAACCCAUAUUAUCUGCUUUUGCCUCCCACCCCCAUCCGUGGGACCCCACUUACACACUUGACUGGUGGCCUGGCCUUUUUUGUUUUUUCUUGAGCCUCAGAGACAUCGGGAGCUGUCCAGCCAUGUCUGGUGCUGAAAAUGUCUCGCCUUCAUGGUUCCUUCCUCUGGUUGUGCAGGCCAAAGAAGGAGCUGUUUUGGAAAGCGAUUGUCUUGGUUUUGAUUGGUUUCUUUCUUCUUUUUCUACAAUUGGAUUAGCGUGUACUGUUGUUUUGCUUAUUAUUAAACAUUUAAUAAGUUACCUUUAUCUAAAAAAAAAAAACA